AGAGAGGCCCGACCGGCCUUCUCUGUUCGUCUCCCACCGAGAUCAUGACCGACGAAACGGAGUCCGAAUACCCUCUGACUAGAGGAAGAGAAGGAGAUGUAGGAGGAAAGAAAGGGGACGGUGAGCGGGUUCUUUGUAAAGACGCUAAAAUGGAGGGGGCUUCUGAUAACAAGUACCGGACGGCCCGCCGACGGAAGCUGGAGAUCCGGCGGUUGAGAGCCGAGGGGCGGGACGGCGUGAUCAAGCGGAUGCGGAACCGGGUGGAGAAUUCGGACUCCUCCGAGCUCUCCGAGUCCACCUCGUCGUCGUCGGCUUCGGCGGCGUCGCCGCCGUCCGAUCCCGACGCCGACUUGCCGGCAGCUGUCCUGACCGCCGGAGCCGAGGGCAAGAACGCUUGCGUGUGGCACGGGGCGGUGUCGCUGAUCGGGAGGCGGAGGGAGAUGGAGGACGCGGUGGUGGUGGCGCCGCCGGGGUUCGCGGUAGCGGCGAGAGGUUACGACUUCUUCGGGGUGUACGAUGGGCACGGGGGGGCGUGGGUGGCGCAGGCGUGUAGAGAAAGGCUCCACGUGGUGCUGGCGGAGGUGGUGGCCGCCGCCGGGGAGGAGCGGGGGGAGGGGGAGGAGGGGGAGGAGGGGCGGCGGUGGAAGGAGGCGAUGGCGACGAGCUUCUUGAGGGUGGACGGGGAGGUGUCGGAGGCGGCGGCGGGGUCGGGGGCGGAGGCGGCGGAGAGGACGGUGGGGUCGACGGCGGUGGUGGCGGUGGUGGGGUCGAGGCGGAUCGUGGUGGCCAACUGCGGGGACUCGAGGGCGGUACUCUCUCGCGGCGGUGUGGCCGUGGCCCUAUCCUCGGAUCACAAGCCUGACAGGCCAGAUGAGAUGGAAAGAGUGGAAGCAGCUGGAGGGAGGGUCAUCAACUGGAACGGUUACCGUGUCUUAGGAGUGCUGGCUACUUCUAGAUCUAUCGGUGACUACUACCUCAAACCAUAUGUGACCUCAGAACCAGAGGUCAACGUGAUCGAUCGAACAGAAAAGGACGAGUUCCUUAUAUUGGCUAGUGAUGGAUUGUGGGAUGUUGUGUCUAAUGAGGUGGCAUGCAGGCUCGCAAGACGAUGUCUCAGUGGUCGGACCGCAAGAAUGUUCCCCGAGGCAGUUACCGGGCGUUCUGCUGCCGAGGCUGCUGCUUUGUUGGCUGAGCUUGCAAUCUCUCGGGGCAGUAAAGACAACAUAAGCGUUGUUGUGGUAGACUUGAAAAGAUAGGGGUAGUACCACCUAUUUAUGCUCGACACCCCUUGUCCCCUGGUCCUUCUUUAGAGUGGGAGCACACUUGCCACUGCUAUCAGGGAUUUGUUGAUGGAGAUGGAGACAGAGGGAAGCCAAUAUCAAAUGCCACGGGACACGUGGCCUGGGACGCGUAAGCUGUAACAAAUCUCAGAUGUCGAAAUCCCAGGAAAUGUCAAUCAUGCAGGUGUACUAGUUUUCUGAGGAUCUAAGAGAUGUGCCCACCUUGUUUAUAUUA